GUAAAACCUAAGAAGGGUUGAAAAAAAAAAGAAGAAAAAAAAAAGUAGUUCAUGUAUAUCUGAUCCUAAGUGAUCUAUCUCUUGUUUUAAGCAAUUCCUUUAUGGUAUCACUAUCAGAGACUGAAGAUAAGAGGAUAGAAAUCACCAUGGAAGAGGUAACUGAAUUUCACGACCAUCCUUUGACACCUUUUACUCGGUUUGUUUCUGGUCGGUGUGUUGCGUGUUGCUCACCUCUAGAUAACGAAAGUUACAUUUACGGAGGUUACCGUUGUAAUGAGUUGGGGUGUAAAGCUGUGUUCCAUAAAGAGUGUGUCGAAGCCUUACCAGAAAUCACCCACGCAUCUCAUCCCGACCAUCCUCUUAAGCUCAUCCGAAAUCAUGAGUCCAUGCUAAUUAUUUGUUCAAUGUGUCAAGCUGAUUGGUUCGAAAUCGGUUAUUGCUGUUCAAUAUGUGAGUUCUACUUGCAUUUGAGGUGUGCAUGGAGAACUACUCAACUUGUUCUUCCUGAAAAUUCCCACGGACACGAGCAUCCACUCCAACUCUCACUUGGAGAUCUGUCUAGCAGUUUCGUAGACUACCAUGGGGAGGAAAUCUGCAAAGUGUGUCACUCUACGAUUUCAGAUUAUGAAUUUGGAUAUAGAUGUCAACAACAAUGUGGGUUUGUCUUGCAUGUGGGAUGUGUCUAUCUUGCUGCUCCUGGUGGGUAUUCUCACGGACACGAGCAUCCACUCCAAGUCUCACUUGGUGACCCGUCUGAAGGAUUGGAACACUGCGAAGUGUGUUCCGUACCAAUUUCCGUCAAGGAAUAUGCAAAUAGAUGUCAACAAUGCAAGUUUAUCCUCCAUGUGGGAUGUUUCUAUGAAGCUUACCACACUUCCCACCCCAAACACAAACUCAAGUCCCAUAAAUGUACACGUGAUGACGCCGCCAAGAAGUGCCUUCUCUGCGGGAUAGGGUUUAAUCGUAUCGUUACACUUCACCACUGUGAUGUUUGUCACUUCAAGAUAUGCGAGAGGUGUAUGCAUAGCCAACCACCACUUGCUGUUCUAAGCUCCAGGACUCAUGAACAUCAACUUCAUCUUGUUCCAAGACACAUCAAGUUCACUUGCGAUGCUUGUGGGACGCAAGGUGACCAAAGCCCUUAUUUCUGUCUCCAGUGCAAUUUCAUGAUUCAUCGGGAAUGUAUCGAUUUACCUCGAGUCAUUAACAUCAACCGCCAUGAUCACCGCGUUUAUUACACAAUUCGUCUUGGUCUUGGACAUGGAGAAUGGAAAUGCAAAUUUUGCCGUCAGAAGGUAGAUGGGUUCUACGGUGGUUAUUCUUGCUACAAAUGCUCUGACAAGAAGAUUGUUUUUCACUUAAGAUGCGCAACAAGAAAAGACGUAUGGGACCAGGUGGAGCUGGAAGGUACACCGGAAGAAGAGGAAAUUCCACCAUUCCAGGUGAUCGGUGAUGAUAACACGACGAUAAAACAUGUCAGCCAUGAUCAUAACUUAGAGAUCAACAAGGAUGGGAUGAUUCAACCUGAAAGCAUUCGUUGUACAGCAUGUGUCUUUCAAAUUUGUUCAGAACCGUCGUUCUACAGUUGCAAGCAAUGUGUUUUUUUUCUCCACGAGAAAUGUGCUAACCUUCCUCUGAAGAAACGUCAUGUGUGCCACAACCUGCCAUUCACGCUAAGAACAGAUUCUCUUAAAAAAAUGUCAACAUGUGAGCUUUGUCGUGAACAUUUCUCCGGUUUCAGGUACGAAUCUGGUACAAUUACUUUAGAUGUACGAUGCGGUACAGUAACAGAUUCAGUUGUGCACGACAGCCAUGCACAUCGUUUAUACUACACGACAUGUGGCUUCCUUUCUUCCACGUCUUGUAGUGUUUGUAAUAAGCGAAUAUCAGCUUCUUUUAGUUGUGAUUGGUGUGAGUUUAGAUUGUGCUAUUGGUGUGUUGUUCUACCGCAGAAGGUAAUGAGGCAUAGGUAUGACGAUCAUCCUCUCUUCUUGUCUUAUGGUGAAAGCAAUGUGGAUGAGUAUUAUUGGUGCGAAGCAUGUGAAACAAAGCUGAACCCAAAGAAAUGGUUCUACACAUGCAAACAUUGCGGGGUGGUAUUGCAUAUUUCCUGCGGUUUUGGAAUACUCUCAUAUGUUAUGCCAGGUACACGGUCUUCAAGAAUAUUUGAUCGUUCAGAAAAAGUGGUAGACAACACCUCUAUUUGUAGAAAACUUUGCUGCGUAUGUAACUCUCGGUGCAGGCUCCCUACCAUUCUUAGUUAUCAGUGGGACGGAUACACUUGUUCUUACAAUUGUUAUUCUUAUGUUACUGAGAUUUAUAGGGCAGUAUCGUCUGAUUCUGAUGAAUAAACUUUUUGUAUCAUUUGUAGUCUACUAUUGAAUGUUUUUGAAGUAUGUUGUUAAGUGUACGUGUAUAAGAUUUCUGCAAGAGAA